GAUAAAUGGGAGCUUAUCAAGCAAGACCAACAACUAAGUGUGAAAAGUUAGAAGGAUCAGUCGAUAAGAUAAGAUAUGGAGUCUGCUCAAUGCAAGGCUGGAGGAAGACCAUGGAAGAUACUCACAUUGUUGACACUGAAUCUCUUGGAGAAGGUAUUUCUCUGUUUGCCGUUUUUGAUGGGCAUGGAGGUACAGAAGUCUCUGAAUAUUUGAAAAACAACUUUGUUAAAGUGCUUAAAGACAAUAAAAAUUUUAUUAAAAAAGAUUAUGAGCUUGCUUUGAUUCAAACUUUCAAAGAAUUAGAUCAAAGUUUAAUCACUCCAGAAGUUAACGAUGAACUCAUUGGGUUCAGUACUGCUCCAAAAGAAUUAUGGGAAAAGCCUGAAAUUGAAGGAGUGGCUUACAGUGUCGGAUCUACUGCUUGAGUUGCGCUUGUAACACUUGAUGCAAUAUUUGUUGCCAAUUUGGGAGACUCUAGGUGUAUUAUUUCAAAGAAAUCUAAGGCAUAUGAGAUGAGUAUAGACCACAAACCUAACCUAGACUCCGAAAAGAAGAGAAUCACUGCUGCUGGGGGAUUUAUUAAAGAUAAUAGAAUCAAAGGAGUACUAAAUCUUAGUAGAUCAUUUGGAGACAUGGGUUACAAAUGAGACCCUGAGCGUUCCCCUAAAAAGCAGAUGGUUAUCAAUGUUCCAGAUAUAUGAGAACAAAAGAGAACAAAGGAUCUGGACUUCUUGUUCAUUGCAUGAGAUGGAAUUUGGGAGUGAAUGACUAGCUCUGAAGUUUGAAAAUUUAUAGGAGGAAAAAUAAAAAAGCAUAAGAAGAAAAUGGCGACUCUUGUGCAAGCUUUAUUUAACAAAAACCUUGCUAAUGAUGUCAAAACCUCAAGAGGAAAAGGAACAGACAAUAUGACGGGAAUUUUAGUAGCGUUAAAGUAAACAACUCCUCCAUCACUCUUCAUAAGAAUUGCAUCAUGCUGAAUAGUGACCUAACUAAUUUUAAAUUGAAUAAUACAGUUUCAGC